AUGUAAGAUAGUGAAGCAAAUAAAUCAUCCAAAAAUAUAGAGAAACCUUAACUAUAUAAAUGGAGAUGGGUGAUGCUGAUUUUAUUUACUUUGGCUGUGUUUAUGAAUAGUAUACCAGGAGAAAUUUAUGUUCCACCUUCAGCUGAAAUUUAAGAGAUUUAUUCUGAAAGUGAAACAAUGAUAACUCUUGCUUAAACUAGUUACGUGAUUAUGCAUCCAAUUUUAUCAAUUCCUUGUUCAUAGUGUAAUUCUGAUAAAAUCAUAAUUAGUUAUUGUAAAAUAUGGAUGGGCUUCAGCAACAAAUAUAGGUGUAGCAUUAACAAUAGGAGGGAGCUUAAUAAAAUUACUUGUUAAUCAAACAGGGUAAUUAAUUUAUAGAAUCAUAUAGAUUUUUUAUUAUUGUACUUGGUUAAGCACUAAUUGGAGCGGGAAAGCCAUUUAUUUUAAAUGCUCAAGCUUCUAUGGCAUAGAACUGGUUUUAUCCAGAAUCAAGACCUUCAAUUAUUAUAGCUUUAAAUGUUCUUAAUUUAAUAUCCAAUGUCGUAACUUUAAUGAUACCAGGAAAAUGGAUAUUUAGAAAUUAUGAAUAUGAAAAUACAAAUGAAUCAAUUACAUAAGGAAAAGAUUUAGUUAAUUAAUUAAAUAUGGUUUGUCUAUUUAUGACACUGACAUUAGUCCCUUGCUUUGUAUUUUUAAGAAGUGUUGCACCUACUCCACCAUCUGCAUUAGUCUAAUAAGAAGAGAAGAAAAUUAACACCAAGAAAACUAUGUUAAAAAUACUCUCAAAUCAUAACUUUUAAUGUUGUUUACUAGCAUAUUCAGUUUAUUUAGGAUUAGUUAAAUGUUUAGUUUUGAUAUUACCUUAUCUUAUAAGACCAGCAGGAUAUGGAAAAGGUGAGGUAUCAAUAGCUGGAUCUAUUGCUAUGGCUUCUGCAGCAUUGAGCUAAUCUACAUUAGCAGCUUUCAUAUAAAAAUUUAAAAAUGUCAAAACUUAACUAAUAAAAGUUCUAAUGAUUAUAUCAACAGGAUCUUUAGGUGUUUUCUAUUUAUCUAUUACAAAUGGUAAUUUAAUUUUCAUUUACUUUGCUAUUGGAUUAGUUGGAUUCUUUAUAAUGCCUAUAGCACCUGUCCUAAUGGAUAUAAGUUGUGAUGUAGUUUUUCCAAUUAGUCCAAGCUAUGCUAUAGGAAUUAUGUAUAUAGGAUCUUAAUUAUUACUGGUUAUCUUCACUCAAGUUGAAGCUGUCAUAGUAGGUGGUGCCAACAGUACUAUGACAAGGGUCACUAUCACAUUAAUUUUAGAUAUGGGAUUACAAUUAUUAGGCCUAUUUUUAUUCUCCUUCAUUAGAAUUAAUAAAGGAGGGGUUACAUAAUCAACUGUAAUUUAUUUAUAUUAAUAUUAGCAUGUUAUUUCACCUAUAGAUGUUUAAGAAUCUUUAGUCUAGGGAAGAUCUUUAUUUUAAAAAGGCUAAGCCUUCUCUUCAUCUUAUGUUGGAAGCUCAUUUUUCAAUGCUUAAGCAUCUAUAGCCUUUAUUGGUACUACUCCUACUGCACCUUAUACUGAUUAUGAAAAAGAUUAAAAAUAACCUAUUUUCACAUCAGAAAUUGUUUAAUGGUAAAAUGGUGAUAUUAAUUAACAGGAUUAGAUUAAAUAAUAAUGAGUAUAC